AUGUGGAGAGUCACUUUCAAAAGGCAUUUCUGUUCUUUCAUUUUCAUUUUGUAUAUCCUGUCCUCAGGAACUCUACUAAGCGGCGGCAGCAGUGGUACACUUCAAAGAAUCGCUGACGCAGAGGAUGUCGCUAGUCUCUCAAAGCAAACCCAUUUUGUAGGUGUUGGUGAAACUGUUAACAAUCUGCUUGAGAGGAAGGGAUUACAAGCAGAACCACAAGUUGUCAAACUCUUUUCAGCUGUUCUAGAAAGUCCAGUAAAACCAAAAACGUUGAGAAAGGUACUCCGAGGAAUGGCUGGUGAGUUCCCCAACGAACAACAAGAACAGUACAAAGGCGUUGUUUAUAAACUAAAUGGUUUGCACAAGAAGAGAGAAAAACUCAUGAAAACUCUAGCUCACAUGCUGAACUACACAGAAGCUCAGCAACAACAGAUGAAAAGCUAUCUUAGCAACAAGAAAAUAUCGGAAAUAAUGAACGAGAUGGAAUCACACGUGAAAACUAACGCUACACUUAACUACAAGAUUCAAAACUUGAGAAGGAAUAUGAAAGGAUGGGGCAAGGUGUUAAAGUCCGAACAAACAUGA